UUUAUAAUACACUCAUUACAGAAUAUACCACUUAUAGUAAGAAUGAAGAAUUGGCAAAAUAUAUGUUUUUUGUUGAUAAUUAGCUGUUUGAUAUUUAAUGAAGGGAUUGAAAUUAGAAAUUUGAAACAAAAAAAAAUAUGCCCAUUCGAAAAAGGCACAACGAGAAAAGCUGCUGCAAGUGGUGACAUAGAAAAAUUAAAACUAGCUCACGAGAGUGGCUGUGAAUGGGAUGAAUAUACAACUACUGAAGCUGCUGCAAAUGGGCAUUUAGAAUGUUUAAAAUAUGCACAUAAAAAUGAAUGUCCAUGGGAUAAAGAAACAACAAGGGCUGCUGCUGCAAAUGGACAUUUAGAAUGUUUAAUAUAUGCUCAUAAAAAUGAAUGUCCAUGGGAUAAAGAAACAACAAGGGCUGCUGCUGCAAAUGGGCAUUUAGAAUGUUUAAAAUAUGCAUAUAAAAAUGAAUGUCCAUGGGAUAAAGAAACAACAAGGGCUGCUGCUGCAAAUGGACAUUUAGACUGUUUAAUAUAUGCUCAUAAAAAUGGAUGUCCAUGGAAUAAAAGCACAACUGAAGCAGCUGCCAUGAGUGGUAAUUUAGAAAUUUUAAAAUAUGUUCAUAAAAAUGGAUGUAGAUGGGAUAACAACACAACAAUGGCCGCUGCUGCAAAUGGACAUUUAGAAUGCUUAAUUUAUGCACAUGAAAAUGGCUGUAAAUGGGAUGAAAAAACAACAUUAAAAGCCGCCGAAAAAGGUAGUUUGGAAUGUUUAAAAUACGCUCAUGAAAAUGGGUGCCGCUGGAAUAAAUAUACAACAACGCGAGCUGCAUUACAUGGUAAUUUAGAGUGUUUAAAAUAUGCGCAUGAAAACGGUUGUAAAUGGGAUGUAAGCACAAUUACUGCAGCUGCGAUGAGUGGAAAUUUAGAAAUUUUACAAUAUGCGCAUAAAAAUGGAUGUACAUGGGAUGAAAGCACAGCAGAAGCAGCUGCAAAUUAUGGUAAUCUAGAAAACUUAAAAUAUAUUCAUGAAAAUAAAUGUAAAUGGGAUAAAAAAACAACAAGGGCUGCUGCUGCAAAUGGGCAUUUAGAAUGUUUAAAAUAUGCACACAAAAAUCAAUGUCCAUGGGAUAAAGAAACAACAAGGGCUGCUGCUGCAAAUGGUCAUUUAGACUGUUUAAUAUAUGCUCAUAAAAAUGGAUGUCCAUGGAAUAAAAGCACAACUGAAGCAGCUGCCAUGAGUGGUAAUUUAGAAAUUUUAAAAUAUGUUCAUAAAAAUGGAUGUAGAUGGGAUAACAACACAACAAUGGCCGCUGCUGCAAAUGGACAUUUAGAAUGCUUAAUUUAUGCACAUGAAAAUGGCUGUAAAUGGGAUGAAAAAACAACAUUAAAAGCCGCCGAAAAAGGUAGUUUGGAAUGUUUAAAAUACGCUCAUAAAAAUGGGUGCCGCUGGAAUAAAUAUACAACAACGCGAGCUGCCUUACAUGGUAAUUUAGAGUGUUUAAAAUAUGCGCAUGAAAACGGUUGUAAAUGGGAUAUAAGCACAAUUACUGCAGCUGCCAUGAGUGGAAAUUUAGAAAUUUUACAAUAUGCGCAUAAAAAUGGAUGUACAUGGGAUGAAAGCACAGCAGAAGCAGCUGCAAUCUAUGGUAAUCUAGUAAACUUAAAAUAUAUUCAUGAAAAUGAAUGUAAAUGGGAUAAAAAAACAACAAUGGCUGCUGCUGCAAAUGGGCAUUUAGAAUGCUUAAAAUAUGCUCAUGAAAACGGAUGUAAAUGGGAUCAAAGUACAAUAAGGGCUGCUGCUGCAAAUGGGCAUUUAAAAUGCUUAAAUUAUGCGUAUAAAAAUGGUUGCCAAUGGGAUGAAACAACAACUAAAGAAGCUGCACGAAAAGGUAGUUUAGAAUGUUUAAAAUACGCUCAUGAAAAUGGAUGUAAAUGGGCAGAAGGAACAACUAGAGCUUCUGCUUUAGAAGGUAAUUUAGAAAUUUUAAAAUAUGUCUAUGAAAAUGGAUGCCAAUGGGACAAAGGUACAACCUCUGCAGCUGUUAUGACAGGUGACUUAGAAAUGUUAAAAUAUGCACAUGAAAAUGGAUGCGAAUUCGAUGAAUUAAUAACAAUACAAGCUGCCGUUACUGGUGAUUUAGAAAUUUUAAAAUAUCUUCAUGAAAAUAAAAGUAAAUGGGCAGAAGGAACAACUAGAAUUGCUGCUUUAAAAGGUAAUUUAGACUUUUUAACAUAUGCUCACGAGAAUGGAUUCCAAUGGGAUAAUGGUACAACAAAAAUUGCUGCAGAAAAGGGCUAUUUAAACUGCUUAAAAUAUGCUCAUGAAAAUGACAUUAAUUGGGAUAAAGGUACAAUAGUUACAGCUGCUCAACAUGGAAAUUUAAAUUGCUUAAUAUAUGCACACGAAAAUGGAUACAAGUGGGAAGAUGGCACAACUAGAGCUGCUGCAGCAAGUGGCUGUUUAAACUGUUUAAAAUAUGUUCAUAAAAAUGGAUGUGAGUGGGAUGAAAAUGUAACGUCAGUAGCUGCUUCUUAUGGUGAUUUAGAAAUUUUGAAAUAUGCUCAUGAAAAUGGAUGUAAAUGGGCAGAAGGCACAACUAGAGCUGCUGCUUCUUAUGGUGAUUUAGAAAUUUUAAAAUAUGUCUAUGAAAAUGGAUGCCAAUGGGAUAGAGGCACAACUAGAGCUGCUGCUUCUUAUGGUGAUUUAGAAAUUUUAAAAUAUGUCUAUGAAAAUGGAUGCCAAUGGGAUAGAGGCACAACUAGAGCUGCUGCUUCUUAUGGUGAUUUAGAAAUUUUAAAAUAUGUCUAUGAAAAUGGAUGCCAAUGGGAUAGAGGCACAACUAGAGCUGCUGCUUUAAAAAGUGAUUUAGAAGUUUUAAAAUACGUACAUGAAAAUGGAUGCAAAUUCGAUGAGCAAAUAGUGAUAAUAGGUGCCAUUAAUAGUGAUUUAGACACUAUAAAAUAUGCUCAUAUUAAUGGAUGCGAAUUGGAUAAAUUAAUAACAAUACAUGCUGCUUAUAGAGGUGAUUUAGACAUUUUAAAAUAUGCUCAUGAAAAGGGAUGCAAGUGGCUAGAAGGAACAACUAUAAUUGCUGCAGAAAAUGGCUAUUUAGACUGCUUAAAAUAUGCUCAUGAAAAUGACAUUAAUUGGGAUGAAGGUACAAUAGUUACAGCUGCUAAGCAUGGCAAUUUAAAUUGCUUAAUAUAUGCACACGAAAAUGGAUACAAGUGGGAAGAUGGCACAACUAGAGCUGCUGCAGCAAGUGGUUGUUUUAACUGUUUAAAAUAUGUUCAUAAAAAUGGAUGUGAGUGGGAUGAAAAUGUAACGUCAGUAGCUGCUUCUUAUGGUAAUUUAGAAAUUUUGAAAUAUGCUCAUGAAAAUGGAUGUAAAUGGGCAAAAGGCACAACAGAAACAGCAGCAAGAUAUGGUAAUUUAGAUUGUUUAAUAUAUGCACACAAAAAUGGAUGCCAAUGGGAUGAUGGUACAACUAAAGCUGCUGCCCAAGAGGGUGAUUUAGACAUUUUGAAAUAUGCUCAUGAAAAUGGAUGUAAAUGGGCAGAAGGCACAACUAGAGCUGCUGCUUCUUAUGGUGAUUUAGAAAUUUUAAAAUAUAUCUAUGAAAAUGGAUGCCAAUGGGAUAGAGGCACAACUAGAGCUGCUGCUUUAAAAAGUGAUUUAGAAAUUUUAAAAUACGCACAUGAAAAUGGAUGCGAAUUCGAUGAGCAAAUAGUGAUAAUAGGUGCCUUUAAUAGUGAUUUAGACACUAUAAAAUAUGCUCAUAUUAAUGGAUGCGAAUUGGAUAAAUUAAUAACAAUACAUGCUGCUUAUAGAGGUGAUUUAGACAUUUUAAAAUAUGCUCAUGAAAAGGGAUGCAAGUGGCUAGAAGGAACAACUAUAAUUGCUGCAGAAAAUGGCUAUUUAGACUGCUUAAAAUAUGCUCAUGAAAAUGACAUUAAUUGGGAUGAAGGUACAAUAGUUACAGCUGCUAAGCAUGGCAAUUUAAAUUGCUUAAUAUAUGCACACGAAAAUGGAUACAAGUGGGAAGAUGGCACAACUAGAGCUGCUGCAGCAAGUGGUUGUUUUGAUUGUUUAAAGUAUGCCUAUGAAAAUGGAUGUAAUUGGGAUGUAGAUACAAUAGUUACAGCUGCUGUUCAUGGUAAUUUAGAUUGCUUACAAUAUGCUCAUGAACAUGAAUGUAAUUGGGUUGAAGGUACGACCAGAGGGGCUGCUGCUAAUGGACAUUUUGACUGCUUAAAAUAUGCCUAUAACAAUGGUUGUGAUUGGGACGAAGGAACAACAAGAGAAGCUGCCGCUAGUGGUUGUAUUAACUGUUUGAUUUUUACACAUAAAAAAGGAUAUACAUGGGAUGAAGGUACGAUGAGUGCAGCUGCUACAAAUGGUCAUUUGGAAUGUUUGAAAUAUGUUCAUGAAAAUGGAUGUGAGUGGGAUGAAAGCACAAUAAGAUUAGCUGCUGCAAAUAAUCAAAUAAGUUGCAUAAAAUACGCUCAUGAAAAUAAUUGUCCGUGGAGUAAAAAUACCAUUUNAUUUUUCAAAAAGUUAUGGAAGUUUUAA